AUGGGGAGCCGUGUUUCUCGGGAAGAUUUUGAGUGGGUCGACACGGAUGAACCUCAUGCGCAGAGGAAACGGGAGAUCCUGGCAAAGUAUCCAGAGAUCAAAUCCUUGAUGAAACCUGACCCCAACCUGAUCUGGAUCAUAACUGGGAUGGUUCUCAUCCAGUUGGCUUCGUUGUACUUAGUGAAAGACUUGGACUGGAAAUGGGUCAUAUUUUGGUCUUAUGUCUUUGGCAGUUCCAUUAACCACUCAAUGACUCUGGGGAUCCAUGAGAUUUCUCACAAUUUCCCCUUCGGCCACCACAAGGCACUGUGGAACCGCUGGUUUGGAAUAUUUGCUAACCUCCCUAUUGGGAUUCCGUUUUCCAUCUCCUAUAAGGUGUACCACAUGGACCACCAUCAGUACCUUGGAGCUGACGGCAUCGAUGUGGACGCUCCUUCUCACUUUGAGGGCUGGUUCUUCUGCACUACUUUCAGGAAGAUUCUCUGGGUUGCUUUUCAGCCUAUGUUUAUUUUUUUUCGACCUUAUUUUGUCAACCCCAAACCAUUUACUUAUCUGGAAAAUAUUAAUAAUGUGACCCAGAUCAUUUUCAACAUUAUAAUUUACUAUGUUUGGGGAAUUAAAUCUUUAGUCUACAUGUUGGCAGCAACUAUGCUUGGCCUGGGUUUGAACCCAAUUUCUGGGCAUUUCAUAGCUGACCAUUACAUGUUCUUAAAGGGACAAGACACCAACUCAUAUUAUGGGCCUCUGAACUUUCUCAUGUUCAAUGGGGGCUACCAUAACGAACAUCAUGACUUCCCCAGUAUUCCUGGAAGCCGCCUUCCACAGGUGAGGAAAAUAGCAGCUGAAUACUAUGAUAAACUCCCCCAUCACACCUCCUGGGUGAAAGUACUGUAUGAUUUUGUAAUGGAUGACACACUGAGUCCCUACUCACGGAUAAAGAGACCUCCAAAAGGGAAUGAGGUUCUGGGGUAAAUAUCACCAGAGCCGAAGAGAACCUCUCUGAAGCUUGAUAAUAGCUGAGAAGACAGAAAUAUCUCCCCACCCUAUCUCUCUCACUGGAAAUUUAACAGGUCGUCAUACAUGCCCUGCAAGAGCUCUGCCAAUGAGCUAUCUUCCCAGCCUGAUUUUUUUGCCUGGAUAAACUUGGGAUUAGUGAUGGUCAGAAGCUCUCUGUUACAAUUGAAACUCAGAUUUCCAUGAUAUCAAGAACUCACUCUGGUUUUCAGUCAGCCUGACGGCCACAGUGCUCAGCUCUGCCUAUAGGGCACUUGCUGUUGGGUUAUCAUUCCUGGUGGUGUCUUCACUCUUGUCUGUCACUUCGUAAACACACAUGAAAUGCCUGCUUCACUACAUGAUUUUUACCGUUAAAUUUUACUUUAAUAAAAA